AAAACAAUGUCGUUGCCGAACAUGGCCAAUAUCAAGCUUCAAAUCUGGGAUACAGCAGGACAGGAGAGGUUCAGAAAUAUAAGUAAGGCUUAUAUCAGAGGCGCUGACGUCAUCUGUGCCCUGUAUGAUAUCACCAAACCGAGUUCAUUUGAAAACAUGCGAGAGCUCAUCAACCCCGAAGUGCAGAGUCCAGAUAUAGUCAAAUUUAUUGUUGGAAACAAAAGUGAUAUGGAAGAAGAACGACAGGUGACAUUUGAUGAAGGAAAGAAAUUUGCUGAUGAAAAGGGAUAUGAGUUUAGAGAAGUGAGCGCCGCCAAUGGCCAGGGCGUAAAUGACUUGUUUCUUUCCGCCGCUAAAGCUGCUUACAGAAAGAAAAAUCCUGGAUCUCUCACCGGUUGGUCAUCUUCAGCAACGUCAUUUUUCAAAAAAAAAUAACAGAAGAAAUAAUAAAAAUAAGAACGUACCCGGACUGAAGCAGCUAUUUUGGCUAUACGUUCACUUUUCAUCUGGAAUAUAGGUUGCUUAUUGGACACUUCAACCUAGUUUGUUAGGACGGUGACAACGUCCACUGGAGGUGAUGAUAUUGACGUCAUACAUGUCACAGGAUCGUAACCCAUGCCAUCCAAUCACAUGUGCACGCAACAACUAUUAAUAUUGAUCUUAUUAGACUUUUAGUCGCUGGGUACGUUAUAUCCACUAUCAGUAUUAAUAGUAGUUGCGUGCUCCUGUGGUCCAAUGAAACAGCAUGUUACAAAAAUGGUUUGGAUUGGUCUUGAUCAUUCAGCGAAGGGAUUAAAGAUGCUAUAUCAAUGUCUCUGUCGUAAUAAGCACCUUGUCAAUUUGUCUGCAAGCAUUUGGACUAUGCUUUCUAACUUUUGUUCGGGAACAAAUAAGGCAAAUCGAGUUGAUGUACAAUUCGGUGGUUCACUGUAGCGAUUGUUGUGGACGAUUAAAGAUGAUUACAUAAGGAAGUGUUUAUGAUGAACGUAAUAUAUGCACAUGUAAUUGAACCUCCAAACAUUUGGUAGUAGAUACAGUAUUUAAAAAAUAAUAACACUGCGCCAUACAUCUGUUUCGUCUUUCUUUGAUUCAGUGUUGAUGCCAUGGGCAAAAAGGUUGAAAUCCAAAUUGGUCUAAUCAGCUGUUAAAAAAAUGGGUAUUCUCAUAAUAAAACCCCUUAAUGAUACAAAAGUCAAAGAUUUUCGAGCAGUACUGGGUAAUUUCAAAUUAAUAAUUAGUCUUAGCAAAAUUGAAGGCACGCGGCUAGCUAUUUCAUUGGUGUCAGGGAAAAAAGAUCUGACCAAUCACUAGGCUGAUACUUGUCCUUAGAAGACUACAGAGGAGCGACGUCCGACUUCAAAGCCAUUAAGUUUUACCGUUGCGCGACUGCGAGAUUCUUUUGACGUACAUCAACUGAUCAAACUAGUCUUCUCGUAUCGUCACGAAGAUGCUGCACACCGAGCCUUCACUUUUGCUAUAACAUACUCCAGGGAUGUAGAGAACGAAAGUGAGCGUAACCCCUGGAUAUCGAGGAUGGGCGAAUUGAGAAUGUUCCUUAAGGUAAUGGGAUUGAGUGACCAUUUCUCAAUAGAAUUUCUUCAAAUUUUGUAGUUAUACCGAUUUGAAGUGAAGAAAAACUUCUGCCACCAAAAAAAUGUAGGUUGUCAGAAUUUUAAGGAUUUUAAAUCGAAAUUAAGGUAAA